UUGUCCGAGCAAGCAAGUGUGGAGCUGCCGAGGGAGGGGGAGGAGUGGCAGGCAAGAAAGAAUUGAAGACAGAUUGAAUGUGUCCUGACACGAAAACACAGAGAGCCGCACUGGAAAGCUGAAAGAAAGUGGUGCGCGCGGCCCGAUGGCCGUCAAUUAGCGUUUGUUUACAUGCCGGACGCGCCGCUGAGUGCUCCGUCCAGCUCUGCAUGCGCCUCCAGUCACGGCCGCCGGAAUGUCCACCCUUCCCAUGUCUGCCCCCGCAGCCCCAUCCACGUCCCCACACCACAAGCCCUCGGGUCCCGGCCUCUAUGAGUUCCUCAUCGAAGCCGAGCUCCAGCACUACUACUCUGGCAUCAAAAAUACGCUUAAGAUUCAGAACGUGUCCCAGUUGAAGUACGUGACCGAAGAUGACCUGAACCAGAUCGGAAUGGCCAAGCCGGAGAUGCGGCGGCUCAAGAAGUUCUUCCACAAGCACUACCCCCAGAACUACUUGUCCAAGUUCAAAAAAAUGAUUUUGCACAAAAAAGAGGAACACAACCGUCCGGGCCUGAGCCUUCCCGACGAGCGCUUGGAGCGCCCGCCGGUCAAGGUGCCCAACAAACAUAUCAUCCCUGCCGAAGCAAUCAUAGUUAACAAGGAGUUGGGAACAGGAGAGUUUGGAGUUGUCCAGCAAGGCGUCUGGUCCAACGACGGAGAAAGGAUCCAGGUGGCCAUUAAGUGCCUGAGUAGAGAGCGAAUGCAGAACAAUCCAAUCGAGUUUCUCAAAGAGGCCGGAAUUAUGCACUCUAUUGACCAUGAACAUGUUGUUAGACUCUACGGAGUUGUCCUCGACACCGACUCUCUUAUGCUGGUCACUGAAUUGGCGCCCUUGCGAUCCCUGCUUGAGUGUCUGAAGGAGCCGUCUCUGCGUUCGAGCUUCCCAGUGCUCACCCUGUGCGAUUUUGCAGUUCAGAUCUGCGACGGAAUGCAGUACCUGGAGAUGAAGCGCCUCAUUCACAGAGACCUGGCUGCGCGCAACAUCCUCGUCUUCUCCAAGAACAAGGUCAAGAUCUCGGAUUUUGGCCUCUCGCGCGCCCUCGGCGUCGGCAAGGAUUAUUACCAGACAAACUUCAACGUCAACCUCAAAUUGCCGAUUGCAUGGUGCGCACCGGAGUGCAUCACUUUCCUGCGCUUCACCUCCGCCUCCGACGUGUGGGCCUAUGGUGUCACUCUGUGGGAAAUGUUCAGCUACGGUUUUCAGCCCUGGGCCGCCCUCACCGGCCAGCAGAUUCUUGAGGCCAUCGAUGAGCCCUCCUGUCAGCGACUUGAGCAACCCGACUGUUGUCCCAGGGACUACUACGGUCUGAUGCUCAAAUGCUGGCACCACGACCCAGUCAUGCGGCCUAAGUUUUCUGACCUUAUUUCUCUUUUGCCUGAGUGCAAACCAGAACAAGUGCAGGCUGCCCAGGACAGUCCAGCCGUUGGCAAGGUCAAAAGAGACCACCUCAGCUUCAAAAUGGGUGAUAUUAUCACAGUUUUGGAUAAAGGUUCCAGUGGCACAUGGAAAGGCGUAUUGCACAACGGGAAGGCAGGCUCCUUCAACCCAGCCUUCACCGUGGCUUAUUUGGGACUCAAUCUUCCUUCAAACAAGAACGAAUUCACAAGAGGAGACGGUAAAAACACUUACUCAUCAAAGCGCAAGUUACGGACGGACAUGAUUUCGGCGCCGCAGGGCGAUGUUAAGCACAUGGGCCAUGUGGGGAUGGAUGGCGCCUACUUUGGAGACAUCUCCUUCCUUGGAGGAAAGUCCAACGCAAGCACCUCAUCUCACUCCCUGCAGUACCCACACUUACCUCGCCAGGUGGUGACGCCGUACAAGCCGUCGCUGGACCAGCCGGGCCCCAGCCACACCAGGAACCCCUCCGACUCUUCCGACAGGGCGCCUCUUCUUCUUUCAACCAAAGGAAUGCCGACCAACUCUGGGUCGGACUGGAGUGAUUCAGCUUCGGCCACUCCAAUUAUUGGCAAGGGAGGAAAGUUCUUGAUGGACCACGAGUACCACGAAAUCAGCGAUGAGGAGACCGUUGCUGAAAGCCCGAGAUUUGAGAAGUCAUUUGACUUUGGUCCUAGUCUACUGGAUGAGAUGGACGCCAUGUUCAAAUCAUUCGGAUCACCAAGUAAGCAGCACGAGUCGCCUCCAUCGUCCCCACUGACCAAAGCACCGCCUCCACCUCUAGAGGUGGAAGAAUCUCGCGACGUGGCUCACAACGUGCGAAACGAGUUGCGCGAAAUUGCUGCCAGGGUCACCGGAGGCAGUGGAAAGAAGAAGCAGGCCACCGUCAAGCCAAUUUCGGCGGCUGACCAGCGCACCCUGGAGUCUGCAAUCGCCCUGGCCAAUGAACUGGCCUCACGUUCCAUGCAGGAACUGGAUGGGUGUGAGGUUUCGCCGCCUCCGGAGUCACCGCACACUCCACUUUCGCCCAACAAGCGCAAGUUCUCCUUCAAACUGCCCUCGAACAAGAGUCCCAAACCGGAAAGGAGAAAUUUCGCUGAAGAAGCGGCCAGCAUUCCUGACAUACAGGAGACCCUGACCGAAGAGGCGAAAACCGCCUACAACCUUUUGGUCGAGUCAAGCGGCACCGCUUCCACUUCGGUGGCAGGAUCGGCGCCGUCGGUACUUUCGGACGACGACAACCCUCUGCGCAUGCUCCGUUCAGGAAUGGCCGUGCGACCGCGCGUGCGCGGAAACAAGCAGCGCCACCUUCAGGAGCGUCAGGCGUCGUCCGAGUGGCCGCCUGCGCAGUCGUCGCGCAGUUUGCCCAGGCCGAGGACCAACAGCCACCCCCAGCAGAUUCCAGUGCCUGUGAGUCGCCGUCGGAGCGAAGCACCCUUAGGUCCGCCACCCCCGGUCCCUCUGGACAGCAGGAGUGCGUCGGAGGAAAGUCUCAAUCACCACUCGGAGGGUGAGUUUAGGGAAGAUCUGAACGCUAACCCCAUCCCUCUUCCGCCGAGAGACCCAAAUACCCAGCUGACCAACAAGCCGCGCCACCAAAGGAAGCAUCCCUUAGUCAUACCAGGUUUCAAAGGAAAACUGCCAGUAGUGGACUGCAGUCACCUCACAGAACCAAAGUCGCCCUCUCAGUUCAGUGAUACCUCUUCGGACGGAGGUGGAAAUGCUGUCAGAUAUAACAUGUUGGAUGACAGUUUUGACAAUCAGAUCGCAAACGAACUGGCCGCCCUGGACAACAUCCCUGAAGAGGAGUCGAGCAACCAGCCGUCGAGUCCUACCUCGUCUCCAGCGCGGCCCUCACAACCGCCCCCACCGCCUCCACCUCCGCCCCUGGCCGAGCCAGAGGACGAGUUGGAUGAAGAUGAGGAGGAAGAUCCUUUGCUGCGGAAUGGGGACCACGUUUCUUGUGAGGAUUUGCUCGAGUUUGCUUGUGAUGGGCCGAAUGUGAGGCGCACCCAGGGGCCGACCCACGGGCCGCAGUCCGACGAGGUGCGAAUCAUGUGCAAAGUGCUUGGCACAGAGGUGGCAGCCAAGGAUUGCGUGAUGGCCCUGGACGUGGCUAAGUGGGACGUCCACCGCGCCAUCAAGGUGGCCAAAUUGCAGGCCAUCCUCGGUGAACGCAAGACGGAAAUGCUGGUGGCGUAUGAGGCGCUGCAGCAGAGCAACUGGGACGUGGCGCGCGCCGCCGACUGGGUCCUCAACGGUGAUGACAGCGACCAUGCAACAGAGGUCUGACAAUCUCAAGAGACCAAUUCUCAAAAUUCCGUUUUCGCUUUCAAAUUUUAUUUAAGAAAAAAAAUUUAAAUUACUCUUCUCGCGGUUGAGCCUCUGAAAUUACUCAAAUAAAUGAUGUGGAAGACGUAGUCAAAUAGCACAGUUAAGUGUUGAAAAUAAAUUAUCGGCCUGUUGAUAUAUAUUUUUUUUGCUCGGUUGUAAAUUUUUCCUGACAAACGACGGCAUUGCUCUUCUCUCGCAGCUCCUCAUAAUUCCUUUCCUUCUCUGCUUUGCAAAGGAUUUUAAGCAAAAAAGGCGGUUCACAGAGUCAAUUCAAUACUCAGUGCCUCUGAGCAAUUUACAAAAUGAUCUUUCCAUUUUACGCAGAUUAAUAGCAAGAGCGGGCGGCUGGCGUCUUUUUACUGCCGCCUUCAACCAAUUAUAUACGUUUUUCUAUCAAGGUAUUACAACAUGAUUUUUGUGUCAAUUGUUUUUUGUACAAAUAAAUAAAUCUCGCAAAUAUUAAACGCAAAA